AUGCACACCCCGUUGAAACUUGCGCACCUCUGCUACGCCCUGUUCGUUGGGCACUCACUACUCGUCGGUGUAAGCGGAAGAGCUGCACAUCCUUUGCCGCCAACCGCCAACCUCGUCACACGACAUGGCGACAAGAACUUUCCGACCAACAUCCGUAACAGCGGAAUAUAUCUUAACGAUCCUCAACAGGGCGGAAAGCUGCUCAAUGAACAGGGCAGCGGCGGGUUCCAAGACGCCCUUACCUUCAUCGAAACAGCCAUAUCGAACAGUGGGCCGGAUGUGAGCAUGACGAUAUACAAGAAAUACUUUAACGAAUUCGACCACCACCGCGUCAUGCGUGUUCUGGAGCGUAUUAGUGACGCGCACUACGGAACGUGUGGCAAAACAGCUCAGCUGUUUUGCCACAAGGGAAGCAUGGAAAUGAGCAACAUCCAAGCCAGUGCCAGCAGGUUGCGACAAGCGCUCGCUCAAUUAGAAGCACGAGAUGCGGACAGGCCGAAUUUGAUAUUUGGUGAACGCGCAUGGGAGUACCAAAUCACUGGCGAGUUGGACGACGGCAUUUGCGAACGGCUGGAUGCAGCUGGGCUGCAAGACCGAACGCACCGCUUCCUGGCAACCAUCAUACUACACGCGUACUUCCAUUGGAACAAGCUGUUUCACGGCAUUAUGCAUGAGAUGAUGGAUUUGGCGGUUUCUUACAAAGCGACGAGAGCACUGAACAAGGAGAAGGCGGUUUAUAAUGCGGAAAGCUACGCAUGCUUCUUGAAGGAACUGUACCUGACCUUGAGAUGUGGGAAGGAGGAGGGAUGGGAUCUGGGCGAUUGA